AUGGCCCAGUUCUUCCGGGAGCAGCUGCGAAUGGGCGUCUACGAGAUCCACAGACGACGUGAUGCUGAUGCACGGAUUGCGACACAAGAGCGCUUCAAGGAAGCACAGUCCGGCAUCCUCUUUUCCUCAGAUGUCUCGGCUCGCGGCAUGGACUAUCCCAAUGUGACUCUCGUGCUGCAGUUCGGAGCACCAGCAACUCGAGAGAUGUAUAUCCACCGAGUGGGUCGCACGGCACGUGCAGGCAAGAGUGGCCAAGCCGUCCUCAUUCUGGGAGAACUUGAGAGCUCUUUUUUGACAGCGGUGCAGGACUUGCCCAUCCGACAGCAUGAGAGGGCAGAGGAGUUGAAGCGAGUCAACGAGUUGCUCAUCAAGGCGACAACUUCCUGGCUUGCCUCGGCACCGCUUCGGGCAGCAGCCAGUGCCGCUUUCGCCUCACUUCUCGUCCAUUACAAGGCUACACACCGCAUCUUGCACAUGGAGGAUGAUGCUGUCAUUCAGGCUGCGAGCGAUCUUCUGCUUGGUUGUGGACUAGUGGAUCAACCCGUGAUCUCACGGCGCUUGGGUGUCAUGCUUGGCCUCGAGAAGAACCCCUUGAUCCAAUGUGCGAGGCGGAUCGGAGAGCAGGACGACGUGCUGCAGGCCGGGAUGUACAUGCUGACCAGCAGUCUAAUUUCGUCGACUGCUGAGUUGCACCGUGUAGAUCUCUCGGCGGCUCCUGUCUCAGGAGCAAGAGCUUCCAGGAGCCGUUGGCCCUUGGAGAGGGUAAAAAGAGCACAUCCAUAUGCAUCCUUUCUGGUGAUUGAUUGA